GGAAAACACACAAGACUCUAUAACCACUCCAGGGUUUAGAAACAGAGAGAAAGUUCUUGUAACUUGCUCACGUCUUACAGGUUUGAGAAACACGAUGGUGUAUGUCCUAAUUGAUGAGGGAAUAGUUGAUGAAGUUGAUUAUGUCCUAAUUGAUGAGGGAAGAAACCCAUUGCUGAUAAGUGGUGAGGCUAGCAAGGAUGCUGCACGUUACACAGUUGCAGCUAAAGUAGCUGAGCUUCUCAUGCGUGGCCUCCUUAAGGAUAAUUCAGUGGAGUUGACAGAAGAAGGAAUAGCCCUAGCUGAGAUGGCUCUAGAAACAAAAGAUCUAUGGGACGGGAAUGAUCCUUGGGCUAGCGGUCGUGCAGGGCGUGAAGGAGCUGGUAAAUGCUUCUGUCUUUAUCCAGAGAGAAGAUUUGAGGGACAUGAUGAUUCCACAAUGCCAGAGAUCAAAAGAGGCAACCUUUCUAAUGUUAUUUUGUAG